AUGGCAGAGGCCGCGGCGGUGAUUGGACUCGUCGCGUCCAUUGUCAACAUUGUUGACUUCGCAACAAAGAUUGUUUCGCGCCUCCACUCCUACAGCAAAACAGCCUCCACUUUGCUAGCAUCAUUUCAGUCGGUCGCGGAUCAACUGCCACUCUUGAUCCAUGUUCUGAACAAGUUUCGCAUCCGUAUAGAGAAUGCAGCAGCGAGCCCUGAAGACCUAAUAGCAUUUCUUCCAGUUCUUAACAAUGUCUCGGAUGAUGUCAAGUCUCUUCAUGAGAUCCUGGAGGUGGUCUUACCUGAGGUCAAAAACUCGUCGCUGGAGCGAGCAGCCAAGGCACUCUUGAGCCUUUCACGGGAGAAGGAAACGGCCAAUAUGGUGAAUCGUGUGCACAGCAAUAUUCAACUUCUUGUUUUUGCUCAAACAAUUGAGCAGAGUGACGCAAAUGACAAAGUUGCGCAAUUGCUCUCUGCUCUCAACCUUUUGGGUGCCUCGGCCCCGAAUUCCAGACCCAGGCUGAGCUAUAAUGAAGGAUUAAUCCUCAGUGCCGCUCCUCAAAUUCAGGAUGACUAUUUCAUUGGGAGAUUGAAGGUGGUAAGUAUUGUUGGUAUGGGUGGUUUAGGCAAAACACAGCUCAGCCUGGCGUACGCGAAAAGGCACUCAUACAUUUACUCCGCUGUCUUUUGGCUUAACGCAAAAGACGAACCGAGUCUGAAACAGAGCCUGACAAAAGCACACGCUGCGAUCUGCAAGCGUUCACAGAUAACCUCGAUUCCUGCGGAUGGGGGAAUCAAUCUUUUUAGGCAAUGGCUGUCUGAGGAAGAGAACGGUCGCUGGUUGCUCAUAUUUGAUAACUACGACCAUUUCCCGCAGACUACAGAUGCCACCAGGGCCGAUCCCGCAGCAUUCGACAUACGAGAAUACUUUCCUCAUAGAGCUCAUGGCAACAUCUUAAUCACUACACGCACCAAAAGAUCUGGCCGAGACAUCAGACACGACAUUGACGCGUGGAAGCUCGCCGAUCGUUUAGAAGGAUUGCCACUUGGCCUUGCUACUGCCGGUGCAUACCUGAGCCAAACCGAUCAAACAUGCGGCGGCUAUCUGGACGUCUAUAAAAAGAGAUGGGAGGAACUCAAGGCUUCAGUUGAGUUAGAGGACUACCACGAGCGAAAACUCUUCACGACAUGGAAUAUCUCUUUUGCACACUUGCACGCGAAAGACCCGUGUGCUGCGGAACUACUUCGAUUUUUGGCAUAUUUUGAUAAUAGGGACAUCUGGUAUGAAUAG